AUGAAGACGAUUGCCGUCAUUGCUCUCAUCGCUGUUGCCAUCGGUCUCUCCCAUCAAUGCAGUGACACUACCACCAACUGCGGCAACUGGGUGAGAAACGGUUUCUGCACAUCAGCUUUCUACACCGAUGCCCAGAAGACUCAAUAUUGCGGCGGAUCGUGCAACCUCUGCGGCUCGGUGUCCAGCGCGACAGCUUGUGUGAACUCAAAUGCCAACUGUGCCACAUGGGUUGCCAACGGUUUCUGCACGAAUACCGCUUACACCUCCGAGCAACGAGCCGCCUACUGUUGCGCUAGCUGUGGACCUGCCGUUUCCACUGCUGCCACAACAGCUGACACAACCGGAGCCACUGGAGCCUCAACAGCUGGCACCACUGACACUGCAGGCACAACCGCUACCGCUACCACCACUGUAACC